AUGCUACAUUUUCUUAUUCAUACAUUUAAUAAUUGCUACAAACAAACAGUUAAAUGUCGAAAAGUUGAAUCAGUGGAAGAGAAAUUAUUGAAGCAACAGGAACGACAAUCUUUCAUCCUACAUGUUGACACGGAAGCGAAUUUAGAAGACGCUGUGAUCAACGCACAAUCAAAUCAAGGAAGCAUUAAGCCAUUUAUAUCAGUGGUUGGAUCGAUAAGAAGCCCUAAAAGAUACUACUCCAUAAUUGGCAGAGCUCGAUACGAAGUACCAUCAGUUAUAGAAGCACUUGAGUUAGCAUUUAAAAUAUAUAUAGUUUACGAUUUUUCAUAUCCUAAGGCAACAUUGAACGUGUGGCUAUUGAUUCAAAAAACAUUAUUUAAAGUUUCACUUCCUGGGGAAAAACUAUCGAUUCAAGUUAACAAAGUAUUAAGUUUUAUCGAAAAUGAGUUAGAAACAACUAUUGAUUAA